UUCUUUUUACAUUUCACAGCUGCCCUAAAUACGGCAGUUAGAGAGAGAAUAUGAGAUAUGUGUUUGCGCCUGUGGACGACACCAAACACAUAGAAGACCCUAAGUAGCAUCUUUUUCGAAAACCUCAUAUUUUCACUGAAAGCAAGGGAAUACAUUACAAGAGUGAAAAUUAGGGGAAAAUGAGGAGAAGAGAAUUGAGUAUCACAUCACAGAUAAGAUAAUUAUCUGUCUAUCUAUCUAUGCCUUGAUAUUAUUUCUCUUUUUUCCCCCUCUUCUCUCUCAUCUCCCCUCUCUCUCUCUUAGCUUCAAUUUAGCUGUAAAUACCCACACCUGCAGCUUCUGAUACAUAUAUAUCUAUCUCCGUUGAUAAAGCUUUUUAAUGAGAAAAGAGCUAAACUCGGAAGCAGGAUGCGCUAAAUCUGGGAUUUGCUCGAAGAUUGUAAUUAAUUAAGCAUGGCAGCUUCUUCUUCAUCAGCUUUCCUUUCAUUAAGAGAUGAAAACGACAAGCAGCAGCAGCAGCCGGCGGCAGCAGCAGCGGCACCUUCAAACAAGAGGCGGCGGAACCAGCCAGGAAAUCCAAAUCCGGACGCGGAAGUAAUCGCGCUAUCGCCCAAGACCCUAAUGGCGACGAACCGGUUCGUGUGCGAGGUGUGCAACAAAGGGUUCCAAAGGGAGCAGAAUCUGCAGCUGCACCGGCGAGGGCACAAUCUGCCGUGGAAGCUGCGGCAGAAGAGCACGAAGGAGGUGAAACGGAAGGUGUAUCUGUGCCCGGAGCCGAGCUGCGUGCACCACGACCCGGCGCGGGCCCUCGGCGACCUCACCGGAAUCAAGAAGCACUACUCCAGAAAACACGGCGAGAAGAAAUACAAGUGUGAGAAAUGCUCCAAGAAAUACGCCGUGCAUUCCGACUGGAAAGCCCAUUCCAAGACGUGCGGCACCCGCGAGUACAGAUGCGACUGCGGCACCCUUUUCUCCAGACGUGACAGUUUCAUCACUCACCGAGCCUUCUGCGACGCGCUGGCUCAGGAGAGCGCGCGAAACCUGAACCCGCCGUCCCUGAGCAGCAUCGGCAGCCACCUCUUAGGCCUCUCCCAGCAAGAUCAGAUCAACAAUGGAGGUCUAUCAAGUCAUGACAUACUCAGAUUGGGCAGGCCCGGCCCGCAAUACGAAACCCUAGUCAGCCCGGGAGGGUUCCGGCCUUCGCCCCGGGCCCUAUUCCUCCAGCCGAAUCACGACGAUGAUCAUCAAGAUCAAGCUUCUCAUGCCAUGCUGCCCAACAAAUCAUCACUGCAAGGCCUAAUGCAGCUCCCUCAGCUCCACAUGAACAACGCCGCCAACACCUCGUCCAACGCCUCCGCCGGCCUCUUCAACCUCAGCUUCUUCCCCGGGAACAACAACAACGCCUCCGCCAUGGACUCCGCUGCCGGAGAAGACUCCACCCUCUUCUCAUCAGGUAACCUCAUGAGCAUUGCGAUCCCAUCGCUGUACAGCACCUCGCACGCCAUGCAAACCCCCAGCGGCGGCGGAGGGCAAAUGUCCGCGACGGCGCUUCUGCAGAAGGCUGCGCAGAUGGGCUCCACCACCAGCAACGCAGGCGCGUCGUCGUCCCUGCUGAAGGGGUUCGGGAAGUCCCCCGACCACCACGGAUUCUAUGGAGGAAACAACAACAACAAUAACAACAGCGGAAACCAUCUGCACGACUUGAUGAACUCCAUAGCUGCCGCGGGAGGCAGCUCCGCGGCGUCCAUAUUCGAGCAGGCGGAGAUGGGCGAGUACAGAGGGUUCCACGGCGGCAACGGCAACGGCAGCAGCAAUCAGCAGAGUGGAUUCAGCAGCUUGGAGCAAGCGGGGAGGCUGACGAGGGAUUUUCUUGGAGUGGGAGAGAUUGUGAGAAGUGUGAGAGAGCAGCAGCAAAGUGGGAUGGAUCAUCUCAGCUCUAUGGAUUCGCAGGGAAAAACGACGUCGCAUUCGCAUACCCAACCUUUUGGUGGGGGGACUUUUCAGUGAAGGCUGGGAGUUUUGGAUUCGAAUUAGGAAAGAGAGAUGAUCAUUUUACAGGUAUAUAUAUGUAUAUAUUCUUGCUUUUUAUUCUAUCUAUUUUUCUUCAAUUACCGAGCAUUCAUACUCAUAUUUCAUCUCCUAUUUCAUUGCAACAAAAUGCUACAUGCAUGCGUAGUCUACCUCUAAUAUGUCACGAUGCUUUAAGCAAGGAAUUAUAUAACAUAAAAAUAAUAAAUAAAAGAAUUAAGUGUUCAAUCUCCAGUGAAACCUUCAUUCUUCUACACUGUUGUAAUUAAAUCUGUGAUGUGUGUUCUUGAAUUAAUGAUCUUAUUUAAUUUGUAGAAACCAUAUAUAGUUUUUGGGUUGAGAAAAAUGUUAACUUUUGAUGCAUGCAGGAGAUCCAACGGCUUGAUUGAAGAAGAUGGCUAGCUUGUGUUUCUGCUGUGUACAUGGAUCCAAAUCAAAAACAACAAAAAAUUAGUUUUUUUUUUCUUCUGCUCUUAUAAUUUCUAGGUGAACUAGAAGAAGGAACGUACCUGAAACUUGUUAUUUUAAAUUUUGUAGUGUGACAAUUUUUGUUCUUUUACCCUUUUGAAUGAACAUUUUGAAACAAGAAAAAUAUAAAAAGAAAUGCACAAGUUCAAAACCAA